AUGGCUAAUGAUGAGUCCGAUGCUCUCGAUGUGCUUGAAAAAGAAGCGAAGGAGUAUGAUAAGGACGCUGAGAUCGACCGCAUUCUUAACGCCUUUAAACUCGACGCCUACGCAGUAUUAGACCUCCAGCCUGGAGUUCCUGAAUCAGACAUUAAGAUCGUCUAUCGCAAGAAGUCUCUACUAAUCCACCCGGACAAGACCAAGAACCCCUCGGCUCCUGAGGCCUUUGACCGGUUGAAGAAGGCACAGACUGCAUUACUGGAUGAGAAACAGCGUCAGCAUCUGGAUGAAUGCAUUGCAGAUGCAAGGCAACUGCUGAUCAGACAGCACAAGUACACCGUGGACUCUGAGGAAUUGAAAACAGAGGAGUUCAAGCAGGAAUGGCGAAAAAAGACGGUGGAAGUGCUGGUGGAAGCAGAGGCUCGGAGACGGCGACAGAUGAAGGCCAAAAUGCAAGAAGAGGGUCGUGAGAAGGCGAAAGAGGAUGCGCAGUUGGAAGAGAGAAAACGGAAACGAGAUCACGAGAAGGACUGGGAGGAGACCAGAGAGCAGCGAAUAGGGAGUUGGCGCGACUUUCAGAAGGGCGUCAAGAAGGGUGAGGAUGGGAAGAAGAAAAAGAAGAUGAAGGUGCUGGGCUGA